CAAGAAGAGGGAUAAGUCUAAGUAUUUUAGUUUUUCUAGGAUUUGUUUCAGAAAGGAUAUUAAUUAUUAUUAUUUUUUAUUUUUAUUUUUAAAAAAAACUUUGAGGAUAUUAAUUAAUCUUACUCAAAAACUGUAAAUACCAUUAUUCAACAAGCUGUUUCUUGGCUUUUCAAAAGACUCAGAGAACCAUUAUCCAGAGUUAUUCAUUAGUAGAACUAAUUUCACUUGUUGAAUUGAGCCCUGGGAAAACAGGUUCUGGGAAUAUGAAUUCUUGAGAUUUCCUUUUCUUGAAAGAGGAUACAAAACACGAAAUUGAAGCUGAUCACCAGCUCAAGGACGAGUGGGACAUCUUCUUAUUGAUAGAGCUAGAGUUUGAGGAAGCUGAAGCAUUGAUUGAAUGCUGCAGCUGAUUAGCUCGAAUGAAGUCUGUUUGGGGCUUAUCCAAGCUUACGGCCCUAAGCUUUUUAAUUCUCGCUCUAUCAAUUAGUUCUGAAGUUCAAGCACGUAACUAUGUUUAUGAAGGUCAACAAUCAGUUAUGAGCUCAAGACAUUUAGACUCCCUUCUUCAGGAUAAUGCCUAUAAAGCCUUAAACCCACCACUUACUGGUGUUGUUUAUGAAGCACCAGUUCCCUCAAAUAUGACUGGCAUAGCACUUGGAGUUGUGAGGCUCAGGAGUGGGAGCCUAAGGAGGAGAGGCUACAAAUAUAGAGAUUUUUCUAUCCCUCCAGGAGUUGUCGAGAAGCCGUAUGUGAAGAGGAUAGCACUGGUUUUUCAAAAUCUUGGCCAUUGGUCUUCAUCUUACUAUGAUGUGGUGGGCUAUUCUUUUGUCACCCCUGUUCUGGGUCUUCUUGCUUACAAUGCUUCCGAUCUCUUGGCGACUAAUCUACCGGAGCUUGAUUUACGAGCGAGCAUCAAACCCAUUUCGAUCGAGUUCAGCAUGGUGAGAGUGCCUGAGGGAGCCAAGCCCAAGUGUGCCCAAUUCCAAUUGAACGGGACAAUUACGCUUAAUGAUUUGAUUGCGCCUAAUGUUUGCUAUACUUCAACUCUAGGCCACUUCGCUGUGAUUUAUGAAUCGAAAGCUCCAUCUCCAUCUCCAUCUCCAUCUCCAUGUCCAUGUCCUGAACCAAGUCCUAAUAAAGAUAAUUCAAGAGUGUGGCAAAUUGUACUUGGUUCAGUGGUUGCAGGGGUGGGUGUAUUGGGUUUGUUGGGUCUAAUGGCAUAUGGGUGGUUGCAAAAUAGAAAGAAAUUGAAUGUGGUUGCUAUGGAAAAGCAGGCCGAUGAAGGCGAGAAUUUGCGCAUCAAGGUGAUGGGGAGUACAAAAGCGCCGGUGGCUGCUGAGACCCGAACACGGCCGGCUUUGGAAAAUGAGCAUUUUCUGUGGAAUUGUUGAUGCAUUUUCUUGAGGUUCUUUAUGUAUUUCAUUUGUUGAAUUGUUUGAUGGCCCUUGUUUAUAAGUUUUUGUGGAUAUUUGUUGAUUUAUUCUUUUUGAGAGAUUUUAGCUGGGUUUUAUUGUAGAUCUGAACUGGUUAAUGUUGUGAAUUCUCCCUUUCUGUAAUAUAAGAACUAAUGGAAUUCCUGUAUAAUACAUUUUUUUAUGUUA